AUGUCAGACGCUGCACCAGCAACUCCAGCCGCUGAAGAAGUUGUGAGUUUUUUAUUGAUUUUUUGAAAUUUUCACCAAAAUUAUUAUUUUUCAUGUAGAAUUUUAGCAAAAGAUGUUUCAAAACUCGAAAUAAAAAUUAUUUUCCAGCCAGUCACAGAAAAAAUGGACACAACAACAGCCAGCGAGACAACAGCUACACCAUCUGAAACCACCAACACAGCUGUCGAAUCAGAAAACUCAGCACCAGUGACCAACUCUGCCGCAGCAACUCCAGCUCCAGCUGCAGCUCCAGCAGCAACUCCAGUUCAAGCUGCAGCUCCAGCUGCUCCACGCGUCACUAGCACUGUUCCAACAAGACAAUAUCUCGAUCAAACUGUUGUACCAAUUCUUCUCCAAGGACUCGGCGCAUUGGCCAAAGAAAGACCAGAAAAUCCAAUCGAAUUCCUUGCCAAUUUCUUGCUUCGUGAAAAAGAUCGUUACCAACCACCAGAGUAUCAACAUUAA